AUGAUGCAGUUUUCCAAUGAGGGGGCGCCACGUAGGCAAGGGACCCAACACGUUGCCUACGUGGCACCCCCUCAUUGGAAUACUGAUGCAUCAGUACUCCUGAGGAAGAACUCGGUGGAUUUCAUAGGUUCCGGCGAGGGCAUCCGCAGCUGUCCGACAAAGGAAGCAGAAGAUGUCCGCAGCCUUCCAUUGAAUGAGACGGAUUCAGGAAGGCGUCAAGGGACUGGUGCCAUGAAAUCUUCAUUGCCUCCUUGUAAGAAAGCACCUAGCAAAAGUAUCAUUAGCCUUGAUGAUGCUUGUGAGGAUGAUGAUGCAUCAUAUCACAAUUGGGUGAAGAAGUAUCCGUCAGCAUUAGCAUUGUUUGACCAAAUAAUAAAGUAUGCUAAUGAGAAGAAGAUUGCCAUGUUCAUGGACUACGAUGGAACUCUUUCGCCUAUUGUGGACAAUCCUGAUCAUGCGUUUAUGUCCAGUGCAAUGCGCGCUGCUGUUAAAAAUAUUGCUAACAUUUUUCCCACUGCCAUUAUUAGUGGGCGAAGUCGUCAUAAGGUUUACGAAUUUGUUGGGUUACAAGAAGUUUACUAUGCUGGUAGCCAUGGUAUGGACAUAGGUGCCCCAGUCAACUAUUAUGAUGAAAAUCACAAUUGUGUUUUUCGUCCUCAUAAGCAGGGACAUGAUGCACAUUUGUUUCAACCUGCAAGCGAGUUUUCAACGAUGAUCGAUGAGGUUUUCAAAUCCCUCGUCGAGAAGACAAAGGAUAUUAAAGGCUCAAAAGUUGAGAAUAAUAAGUUCUGCCUUUCUGUGCAUUACAGACAAGUGGACGAGAACAGUUGGAACGUGAUUGCUGAGCGUGUCCAAGACAUCCUCAACAACUAUCCUCUUUUGAAACUAACUUACGGGAAGAAGGUUUUAGAAAUCCGCCCGAAAAUUAACUGGAAUAAAGGGACUGCUGUCGAGUUCCUGCUUGAAUCUUUAGGACUGAAUGACCAAAAAACCAUGCUGCCUAUAUAUAUUGGAGAUGAUCUUACUGAUGAGGAUGCAUUCAAGGUCUUAAGAGAGAAGAACUGGGGCUAUGGCAUUUUGGUUUCAUCUGUCCCUUAAAAAACCAGUGCCCAUUUCUCACUCAAAGACCCAUCAGAGGUCUUGGUGUUUCUCACUUCUCUUGUGAAGUGGAAGAGGUCUCAAAUGGCAGUACAUUGAUCUCAGUGAUCUUUUUCCAAUACUUCUAGCGUCCAGCAAACCGAAUAAGGAACUAUAUAUGAUUCUUAAGCUUAAAUUAGAUCU